CAAAGAAGUCGGUUCGGUUAGUCGGUCUCGGUGAACUGUUAAAGUCUUAAUAAUAUGCGAGUUGCCUGCUUCAAAAAAGCUAAGCGGUUUAGAUUUUUGUGUGUCAAAGCCAAUGGUAGAAAUAUCCACUAUUAAAACUUAAAAGUGAAUACAACGUAACCGUGGAUACAGUUUCAUAUUAAUUUGAAUAAAAGAUAUUGCUGUUUCGACCAUCAACGAUGGCAAAUUUUAAUUUCCAAAUUAUUCGAGUUACGCCGGAUGAUAAACAAAGAAUUGGCGCCUUUUUACACGUGGCUUACUAUCCAGAUGAUCCUAUUUUGAAUGCGAUGAAUGUCAAGAAAGCUGAUCCUAGUCAAGACGAGCACGAACUCGGUAUCAUCGAUGAAGGAUAUUCGUAUGCUGCUGUCGACGACGAUGGGGUGAUUUUAGGGAUUCUACUAAUGGGAGAAGUUAAUCGAGACACUUACUCUGAUCGAAGAAAAGAGAUGGAAACAUGCUCGUCGGAGUAUUUCUUGAAAGUUUUGAAAUUUUACGAAACGAUGGAACUAGGAGCCAAAAUCCUCGAAGUCAGCCAAAACGACAAAGGAAUAGAAUUUCAUGUCGCCGCAGUGUUACCAACAGCUCGAAGAAAAGGCAUUAUGAGGGCGUUAUUUCAACACGGUACCGAAGUGGCCAAAAAUAACGGUUACAAGCUCCUCAUUUGUACUUGUGCCAGUCAAUUUACCGCCAACUUAUGCCAAUCUUUACAAUGGAGUUGCGUAUAUUGCCAACCUUAUAUUUAUUUCGAGCAAGAUGGAGAAAGAGUGUUCAAAAAUCCGACACCGCCUCAUUUGUAUCCUCGAAUUUAUACUCGGUAUUUGUAAUCCAAGGUGUAAAAUUCUGUUUAUCAUGAGCCUCAGUGACUAGUUUAUUUUUCGAGGAAUGUCAGUAAAAUUGGAUAAAUUUUGAGACAAUCGUGCUGGAAUUUUAACGAAUUGCCUCGUUUUGAUUAUUCAAAAAGAUUUUUGAGCCCACCCAAUGCACACAUUCGAACGUUAUUUUUUCAAUUUUUCAAAAUGAAUUUCGCUUCAUUUGCAUACAUUUUAGAUCUUAAAAAUCGAUUGUCAGGUUCCAUUUGAUUUGUAAAAUUACUUAGACUAAGCAUGUGAAAUUCUGGGAUAAUAAUACAUAUAAAAAAUUGGCAACCAAAGUUUUUAAAUUUUGCACUUGUGUGGAUGUGAAAAGUUUUAAAAAUGUUUGCCAAUAAAAUUAUUCAGAAAUGAAGAAAUUUGAGAGAAAAAUUGACUGAAUUUUUGGUUAAAAUUUCAUGAAAGGUACACAUUUAUUCGUCGAUAUACUUGAAAUUCAUAUUUUUUAAAUGCAGAAAAACGUGAUUUAAAUAAUCAAAAUUUUAUUAAAAAAAAAAAAAUUGUUUCAGAAAUCUCAAAACAAAAAUUAUAAUUUUGAAUUAAAAUACUUGUCUAAAUAAGUAUUUUGAAACAAAAUUUGAAAACGUUUACCUGUUGAAUUGGAUAUUCAGUUGCAAUUAUAAACACCUUAAAUAAAAAAAAAAAUCAUUUUUACUAUUUCGUAGUUUAAAAAAUUCUAUUUUUGAAAUAUUUAAAUGGCUGAGUAUUCUUUGUAUUACAUUUCUCUUCGGUAGGUACUGAAAGUUUUUUUUUUUUUAGCGUUCAAAAGUGUUGAAAAUGUGGUUUAAAAAAUAAAAAUUGAAAGAAUUGAAAAAAUAUCAUUUUGUUUUUAUUUUUGUUUAUCUAAAAACUCCUAAAAAAAAUUGAAAUAAUUUCAAGGAUUAGAUAUAAGUUGAUAAAGACCAAGCUUUUUAUAAUUAUUUUCUUUAAAUCAAUUUGAAAUUUUUCUGAAGAUGUUCACGAUAUGAAUUUACGAAACAGAUCUUUUUUGAGGUCUUUAAAAGAAAGAAUAUAUUAAUUUUAAAAAAAUUUUCAAAACCGAAUUUUACACUCAUUUUGACUUAUUAAGUUUUGAAAAAAAUCAGGUAUCCUCUCCACAUAUUUUCUACUCCAAAAAUUGUUUGACAAAUAAAUUUACAAUUUUCCGCUUGCA